GGCUGGCCUCGAACUCACAGAGAUCCACCUGCCUCUGCCUCCCGAGUGCUGGCAUUAAAGGAGUGCGCCACCACUGCCUGGCUUUCUAGCAUCUUUCUUAAAAGAAACUUUUCAGAUGAGAUGGGGUGCCAUCAUGUGACAUGACCACGAACAGAAGGAUGAGGCCAGGUUUUCCUUGUCUCAAUAUGAGGCAGUUCCUUCUCUGCCAUGGUAGGGUGCUUUCUCCUCAAAGCCAGAUGAAGCAAGGGUUGCAGGUUUGUUCUCACAGCCCAGGCCAUGGAGUAGUACCAUGCCCGAGUUCAUCCUGGUAGAGGUGCGCCCAUAUUUCCUCAGGCCUGGCCCUAGACUUUCUUUGUGCUGUACUGUAGAUUGCCCAAGAAUCUGGCCCUGAAGCCAUCUGCAGGAUACUGAGUUUCUGAGAAUAUUCUCCCUCUCCCCACUCCCUUCCUCUCAUCUCUCCCCACCCCCAGCCCCCUCUAGUGUACAAAGGCAGGGCCUUAUAUAUAGCAUGUAAGCCUUGUAUCACUGAGCCACACCCCAAGCUCCAUACUGUUCUUGUCCACAGGACUACUUCCACACAAGGGGCCUUUGCCCAGCCUUCUCUCUUCUUCCAUGAAAAAAAAAACCAAAAAAAAAAAAAAAAAAAAAAGCAAAAAAAACAAAAAAACCCAACCAACCACCACCAACAAACAAACUUGGAAAAAAAAUUAAGAGGUGGUAUGGGGCUGCAGAGAGAAUAUGAGCCUGCUGUUGAUGACUUUGGAGCGGGAAGGUGGGGCCCUGGGCCUGUCAGUCUCACAGCCUGGAACACUCAGGGUGAAGGGCUCUGAAACACUGGGUGGUAGGAAUUGCCAUUGUUAGCAUCCCCUAGGGCAGCUUAUCAGAGUGGUGUGGCAGUCCAUCUCCUGGACUCCUGGCUGCCCUGGGGUGGGGAGGGAGCAUGCCUGCCUGACCACAAUCUUUCACCUUGGUUCAGCUGGCUGAAAGGAUCCCCAUGAGAAGAGUUCAUGUCUGUUUUUCCAUCUGGGAGGGUGUGUAUGUGCUCUAGGUUCUUCCUUGUUCCCUUCUCUGCCUCUCUUACCCUAUCUCCUGCCGCGCGUGCGUGCGUGUGUAUGCGUGUGGUGUGGGCUCUGGAGUUUUCUAGCUGUUUCUCUGUGUCCUCCUUGUCCCCCAUUUUUUUUUUUUUUGCCUAUUUUAUUAGGACUCUAUUUUCCCAUUGGAUUCAGCUCUGCCAGAAGCCUGCUUCUGAUCUCUCACUCAUACUGGAUCUUGACCCUCCAAGUUGCCUAUCUUUACCUGUUAAAGUAGACAUAGGCUGCCCGCAUGUCUGUAGACGGGGUGGGUGAGGCAGGAAGGGCAGCACCAUGUAUGUCGGUCUCCAAUGUACCCGUCAUUGUGCUGGGGCCUUUAUGUAGUUUCGGAGUUUUCCUCCAGUGGGCCACCUGAGGACAUUCCAUCUGAGAACUGAUGAAGAUGUUGGUCUAGGCCUGGGCAAGGAGGUUGAAAGCUGAUGGUAGGCAGAGAAAUUCCCAGCUGUAUCCCAGUUUCUGUGUUGAGCCUUCCUUUGCUGUGACUACUGGGCCGCUGGGCUGGGCAUAUGCUUAUGCACUGGCUGGCGACUUCUGGUAGCGCCAGCAGUGGGGAAUCACAAUACUAAGCGAGUAGAUCCAUGAGUGUGCUGCUUCACACAAGGUCUCCCUCUGGAAGCACACUUUCAUCCCCAUCCCCAUGUAGACCUGGGGCUCCUCUGUCAUUCACCCUCCAACAAAGAGGUGGAGGCUGUGAAUCUCCUAGGUUUGCACGAAUUCUCCUUGGCAGACUUCAGAAGUGGGCAGUGACAAGCCAGCCUCGUCCCUGAAUUAUGACAUCCUAGCAGGUCAGGGCUCUCUGCCUGCCCCAGUGCCCAGACUGUGCCUCUCUAAGACUUCAUCGUGUUAUGAGUUAUGCGAGUCCAGCCUCUGUGGGACUCCCAUCCUCUAAGCCUUUUAACCCUUUCUGUACCUUGCCUUGGCUUGAAUGUGGGAGAGGAAGCUAUGGGGGCAGGACAGAGACCCCAUUUCCUCUCCUCCCACCUUCAGGUCUCAGGAGGACUCUGGGCAGCCUGCCGGCUGCUCCCCUACCGCUGACUGAAUCAUUUCUAUAUUUGGCCAGCAAGCCACGUGGGUGGGGAACCACUGCGGCUGCACUUCUGACAGCUGCAGGGGGUGGGGGGCAGGGGCCGCAGGCACAGAGGCUAGUCAGGAGGCAUGUGCAUUCUUUGGGAAAACUAAUGAGGUGCCACCAAGGUGAGUAAGCCCUGAGAGGGGCCGUGUGCCAACACCCCAUCCUCUCCCACUCUGGUUUGGGGCUUGCCUCCUCUGCCCCUCCCCUGAUGCCCUUUUCUCUUUAGCUGGUCCUCACAGCACUCUCUUCUCCCACAGACCACACCGCCCUCCAGAAACCAUGGGUGUUGCUAGACCCAGCUGGGAUUCUGCCAAGCUCUGGUGCUCAGUCUAAGACAAGGGCUGCUUCCCAGCCCGGCUCGCCCAGCCUGUCAUGGCCACACGCCGAUGCUUCCCGCUUGUGUGGGGACACAGGGCACCCAGCCCCAGUCCUGAAAGGUUAAGCCAGACCUUCUGGCUCCAUUCCACAGGGACACUGCAGGCCCUGGGCUUCUUUCAGAGCAAGAGCAACUGAUGCCAUGGGAGAAACCCCUACCCACCCGUCUACUUGCCUGGCACUGCCUGUUCUGAGACCCACGCCCUGGGUCCUUCUGCAGGUGCCAACCCUGUGAGCUCUCCCCAUCCCCUGACCUGACGCUGUGAAGGCUCUGUCAAUCCCCAUCAUGUGUGAGGUGAUGCCCACAAUCAAUGAGGGGGACCCCCUGGGCCCCCCCCACGGUGCCGAUGCCGACGCCAACUUUGAGCAGCUGAUGGUGAACAUGCUGGACGAGCGAGAAAAGUUGCUAGAGUCCCUUCGGGAGAGUCAGGAAACUUUGGUAGCCACACAGAGCCGGCUCCAGGACGCCCUUCAUGAGCGAGACCAGCUGCAGCGCCACCUGAACUCGGCCCUCCCCCAGGAAUUUGCCACUUUAACUCGGGAGCUAAGCAUGUGUCGGGAGCAGCUUCUGGAGCGUGAGGAAGAGAUAUCUGAGCUGAAAGCAGAACGGAAUAAUACAAGGCUGCUUCUGGAACAUCUGGAAUGCCUAGUGUCCCGCCAUGAACGGUCAUUGCGGAUGACGGUGGUAAAGCGCCAGGCCCAGUCACCUUCUGGUGUCUCCAGUGAGGUGGAGGUGCUGAAGGCUCUCAAGUCACUAUUUGAACACCACAAGGCCCUGGAUGAGAAGGUCCGAGAACGGCUCCGGGCAGCACUAGAGCGUGUUACCACCUUGGAGGAGCAGCUGGCAGGAGCUCACCAGCAGGUAUCUGCCCUGCAGCAGGGGGCAGGAGUUCGGGAUGGAGUGGCAGAAGAGGAAGGGACCAUGGAGCUGGGACCAAAACGCCUGUGGAAAGAUGACACUGGCCGGGUGGAAGAGCUGCAAGGACUCUUGGAGAAGCAAAACUACGAGUUGAGCCAGGCCCGUGAGCGACUGGUCACACUGAGUGCAACUGUGACCGAGCUCGAGGAGGACCUGGGCACGGCCCGACGAGACCUCAUCAAGUCUGAGGAGCUGAGCAGCAAGCAUCAGCGGGACCUCCGAGAGGCUCUGGCUCAGAAGGAGGACAUGGAAGAGAGAAUCACCACACUGGAGAAGCGCUACUUGGCUGCUCAGCGAGAAGCCACAUCCAUCCAUGACCUCAAUGACAAACUAGAGAAUGAGCUGGCCAACAAGGAGUCCCUGCACCGCCAGUGUGAGGAGAAGGCCCGACACCUGCAGGAGCUUCUGGAAGUGGCAGAGCAGAAGCUACAGCAGACAAUGCGCAAGGCAGAGACCCUGCCAGAGGUGGAGGCUGAGCUGGCUCAGAGAAUUGCGGCCCUCACCAAGGCUGAGGAACGUCAUGGCAACAUUGAGGAACAUCUGCGGCAGCUGGAAGGGCAGCUGGAGGAGAAGAACCAGGAGCUGGCAAGGGUGCGUCAGCGGGAGAAGAUGAAUGAAGACCACAACAAGAGGCUGUCAGAUACUGUGGACCGGCUGCUUAGCGAGUCCAAUGAGCGCCUGCAGCUCCACCUCAAAGAAAGAAUGGCUGCCCUGGAGGAGAAGGGCCGCCUGUCUGAAGAGAUUGAGAAGCUGCGCCAAGAGGUGGAUCAGCUGAAGGGUCGAGGGGGGCCGUUUGUGGAUGGCAUCCACUCCAGGUCACACGUGGGCAGCGCAUCAGAUGUGCGGUUCUCUCUGAGUACAGCCACACACGCACCCCCAGGUCUGCAUCGGCGCUAUACAGUACUGAGGGAAGAUUCUGCCAAGGACUGGAAGCCAUCACCACUGUCGGGGGUGUUGGCCGCCACCACCACCACCGCUGCCUUUGACAGUGACCCUGAGAUCUCUGAUGUGGAUGAGGAUGAGCCUGGGGGCUUGGUGGGCACUCAAGUUGAUGUCAUCUCACCUGGUGGCCACUCUGACGCCCAGACCCUGGCCAUGAUGCUGCAGGAGCAGCUGGAUGCCAUCAACCAGGAGAUCAGGAUGAUCCAGGAGGAGAAAGAGUCCACUGAGCUUCGUGCUGAGGAAAUUGAGACCCGUGUGACCAGUGGCAGCAUGGAGGCCCUCAACCUGACACAGCUGCGCAAGCGCGGCUCUAUCCCCACCUCUCUGACUGCCCUGUCCCUGGCCAGUGCAUCUCCUCCACUCAGUGGCCGCUCCACACCCAAGCUCACUUCUCGGAGUGCUGCCCAGGAUCUGGACCGAAUGGGGGUCAUGACCCUGCCCAGCGACCUCAGAAAACAUAGGAGGAAGCUGCUGUCGCCAGUGUCUCGGGAAGAGAACCGAGAGGAUAAAGCCACCAUAAAAUGUGAGACUUCUCCUCCUUCCUCACCCAGGACGCUGCGGCUAGAGAAGCUUGGCCACUCAGCCCUGAGUCAAGAAGAAGGCAAGAGUGCCUUGGAGGGUCAAGACAGCAACCCCAGCAGCAGCAACAGCAGCCAGGACUCGCUGCACAAGGGUGCCAAGCGCAAGGGCAUCAAGUCAUCCAUUGGCCGCCUGUUUGGGAAGAAGGAGAAGGGCAGGCUGAUCCAGCUGAGUCGGGAUGCCACAGGCCACGUUCUGCUCACAGACUCCGAGCUCAGUCUGCAGGAACCAAUGGUACCUGCCAAGCUGGGGACCCAGGCAGAGAAGGACCGGCGACUGAAAAAGAAACACCAGCUGCUUGAAGAUGCUCGCCGAAAAGGAAUGCCCUUUGCUCAAUGGGAUGGCCCCACGGUGGUCUCCUGGCUGGAGCUCUGGGUAGGGAUGCCUGCCUGGUAUGUGGCGGCCUGCAGGGCCAAUGUCAAGAGUGGUGCCAUCAUGUCCGCCUUGUCAGACACAGAGAUCCAGCGGGAAAUCGGCAUCAGCAAUGCCCUGCACCGGCUCAAGCUCCGCUUGGCCAUCCAGGAGAUGGUGUCACUGACUAGCCCCUCAGCCCCACCUACCUCCAGGACUUCUUCAGGGAAUGUCUGGGUGACCCAUGAAGAGAUGGAAACUCUGGCAACAUCUACCAAAACAACCCUGGCCUACGGAGACAUGAAUCAUGAAUGGAUUGGAAAUGAGUGGCUGCCCAGCCUGGGGCUCCCUCAGUACCGCAGCUACUUCAUGGAGUGCCUGGUGGAUGCUCGGAUGCUGGAUCACCUCACCAAGAAGGACCUGCGGGUCCACCUCAAGAUGGUGGACAGUUUUCAUCGAACCAGUCUUCAGUAUGGCAUCAUGUGUCUGAAGAGGCUGAAUUAUGACCGGAAGGAGCUGGAGAAGAGGCGUGAGGAGAGCCAGCAUGAGAUCAAGGAUGUGCUGGUCUGGACCAAUGACCAGGUGGUUCACUGGGUCCAGUCUAUUGGACUAAGGGACUAUGCUGGAAAUCUACAUGAGAGUGGUGUGCACGGUGCCCUGCUGGCCCUGGAUGAGAACUUCGAUCACAACACCCUGGCCUUGGUUCUGCAAAUCCCCACACAGAACACCCAGGCCCGUCAAGUGAUGGAGAGAGAAUUCAAUAACCUGUUGGCCUUGGGCACAGACAGGAAGUUGGAUGACGGGGAAGAGAAGGUGUUCCGCCGAGCACCUUCCUGGAGGAAACGCUUCCGGCCGCGGGAUCACCACAGUGGUGGCAUGCUGGGCACCUCGGCAGAGACGCUCCCGCACACUCCCACUAUCUCUACGGACACAUGCUCUCCGCCUUCCGGGACUAGCCACGGCCCCCCAGGGUGGGUGUCCUGGUUUCGAAGGCUCAGCCGGCCCUGA